AUGAAUCUCCCGUCGUCAACGCCGACUCCGACUCCGACUCCGACUUCGGUAACGUCAACUUCUUCACCGUCUGAUAUGGCGACGAAUUCAACGGAGAGAUGCCAAGAUUGCGGAAGCCUAGACUCCUGGGUCAUACACACAACUCGACUCCGUGGGCAACUCCGCUUCUUCUGCACGCAUUGCCUCCUCAAAAACCAUCCGGCGUCGUUUUGUCCCUCUUGCUUCGUCUUCUACGAUUCUUCUCCGCCUCAUCCUUCUCGCCGAAUCACCUGCUCUAACGCUAAGUGCCAGUCCUUUACUCACAUACAAUGCGCAGGCGAAGCGAAUUCUCCUCCUUAUCUCUGUCCUCCUUGCCGGAACCCUGACUCUUUCUCCUUCUUCCGUCCGAUUGUCGGCCCCGACGGUGUUCGCUCCAUCGAUAAAUCUCUCUCCGAAGCGUUUUUCUGCGCCGCUAAAAUCGCUGCUUCUUCUAUGAACAAGGCUGUCUCCGCCGCGAGAUGCGAUGCUGAGAGGAGAUGCAGAGAAGCUGCAUUGGCGAAAAAGAGAGCUCGUGAGGCUCUUGAAGAUGUUGUUACGCUUGACUCGAAGGAGAAGACAAGGUCGGUUAUUCCUAAGCUUAAAGAAGCUUCCAUUGAGAUCUCUCGAGAUCAGAAACCAAAACUGAUUCACGCAUCGAAUGGCUCUGUGAAAGAGACGGAGAGCUCUGCUACAAUCAAGAACAAUGGUGGUUCUACAGAGAAACAGAGCACGAUAGUGCCAAUGGCUAAAGUUAAGCAAGAAGGUGAUGUUUCUAGAUGA